GAAAAUUAAAAUAAAUGUUCAGUUGUCGAGGAAAAUUCUUAAUAUUUUUUAUGGUCACUCACAGAAUAAAACGAUCCAUCUAUGUCCAUAAGUAUAUUAAAUAUUUUAAGCUAAGGCUCGUACAAGGGACUGUACCACACAUCUGAAAACUUAGGUCCCUGUAAGGUUGCAAGGACGAUAUGGCUCCAAUUAUUUCACUUAAUGAAUCCGGUGGAGUAGCAAGUGGUGUAAUCCUUGGUGUUCUGUUGAACCUAGCAAGAAAACGGCCAGCGUAUUCUGGGAUCUACAAGCAUGCAUCUUUCGCAGUGAUUGGUUACUUCACUGGCAAAAGCAUUGACAAGAUGCUUGAAGUAAAACAGAGACAGCGAUUACAGAUUCUUGAAGAUUACAUACGACUUCACCCAGAAGACUUCCAAGAGGAAGCUCCCAAAACUUAUGGAGAUAUCCUGUUGAAGUGGUAUCCAGUACGAUAAAAAACUGACGAUAAAAGACUGCAGUUCUUCUGACUUCAAUUUUGUGUUUGUUAAAUCAACAGAGCAUAAAGAGAUGUGUUUUUAGUAAAAGGCAUGAAUAAAUUAUACUUUGUGAAAUGUGAAAA